UCUCUCUCUGUAAAUCACCAUGCUCUUCCUCACUCAUCUCCUAGCAGUUCUAGGGGUUCCGUUGCUCCUACUAAUCCUAUGGAGGGCAACAUCGUCUCCGAGCAAACCCAGAGGUACCACCUUGCCCCCGGAGCUACCGGGCGCAUGGCCGAUCAUAGGCCACCUCCACUUGCUCCGUGGCGAGACCACACUGGCCAGGACCCUGGCCGCCAUGGCCGAUGCGCAAGGCCCGAUGUUCCGGAUCCGACUCGGAGUCCACCCGACGAUCGUCAUAAGCAGCCGCGAGGUGGUCCGGGAGUGCUUCACCGCCCACGACAAGAACCUCGCUUCUCGUGUCAAAUCCAAGGCGGGAAUCCACUUGGGCUGCGGGAACGCCGCUUUCGCCUUUGCGGAAUACGGGGACUUUUGGCGCGAGAUGAGGAAGAUCACCAUGCUCGAGCUCCUAAGCACUCGAAGGCUUGACAACCUAAAGCACGUUCAAGCAUCAGAAAUUGACACCUUCAUCAAGGACCUGCGCACUCUUUGCAGGACCAACACUGACAAUGUCCAAAAUGGGUCCUCCAAAGUGGUGGUCAUAAGCCAAUUGCUCGAGCUCCUGACCUUGAACAUCAUCAUCAGAAUGAUCGCAAGCAAGAGAUACUUCGGAUUAUCGUCAGCAUCAACUGGGUCCUCCACCGACGAUGAUGAGGCAAGUCACCUCAGGAAAGUGAUCAAGGACAUGAUGUACAUUUCUGGGUUCCCUGCAAUUUCAGACCUGUUGCCCUUCGCGGGAUGGACUGACUGUGUGGGGACUGUGAAGACCAUGAAGAGAGUGGCGAGAGAAUUGGAUGAGAUCAUUGGGAAAUGGGUUGAAGAACACAAGCUCAAGAGAGGUGAUGAUCAGAGAGGAGGUGCGAUGGAUGUGCAGGAGGAUUUCAUAGACGUGAUGCUCUCUGUGAUUGGGGAGGAAGGUUUUGCCUCGUUUGGUUACUCUCCUGAGACACUCGUCAAGGCAACAGUAAUGAACAUUAUAGUGGCUGCAUCGGACACAACGUCUCUGAACUUGACAUGGGUUCUGUCUCUAUUGCUCAACAACAAACAUGUCAUGGAGAGAGCUCAAGAAGAGAUAGACCUCAAAGUGGGCAAGGGCAAAUGGGUACAAGACUCCGACAUCGAGAACUUGCCUUACCUCCAAGCCAUCGUCAAGGAAACCCUACGCCUAUAUCCACCAGGUCCCGUGUUAGUCCCACACGAAGCGAGAGCGGACUGCACCAUAAACGGCUAUCUCAUUCCGAAAGGUACUUGGAUAUUCGUCAACGCGUGGAAGCUACACAGAGACCCUCGAGUUUGGUCCGAUCCAGAAAAAUUCUCACCCGAAAGGUUCUUGACGAGCCAUUCAGGUGUGGAUGCUUCGGGACAGCAUUUUGAGUUCAUUCCAUUCGGGUCGGGUAGAAGAUCAUGCCCGGGAGCUUCGUUCGCAUUGCGAGUGACCCACUUGACACUGGCUCGUCUUCUUCAGGCAUUCGACUUGGCAACACCAUCGGACGAACCGGUGGACAUGACCGAAGGCUUAGGGGUCAACCUGCCCAAGGCCACUCCUCUCGAAGUUGUUCUGACCCCAAGGUUGCCUUCCAAGCUCUACGAGCAAUUGAUGCAAAAUUAGAAUUUAUUUCCGUUAGGAAGAGAAAAAGGGUUUAUGGAUAUGAGUAAUUUCUCUA